AUGCUGUUAUCUACAGAGUUGAUUGAGCUUGUUGCUCAAAGCUGUGAUUCCAUUCAAGAUAGGGCUAGGCUUGCAACGCUCAAUAGGAAAUGGCAUGCAGCAUGUGUACGUUCGUUGUUUCAAAGGGUGGUGAUUCAUAGCCCUCGCCAGUGUGCAGCAUUUUUCAGGCACCUUGAUGACUUUUACAAGCGAGGAUGGCUUUCCUAUGUGCAUCAGCUUGACCUAUCUAGUUUUACAGCAAGGGGAUCUGGAUGGACCGAAGCACAAGCAAACGAGCUGAUAUGUCCAAAGAGGAUGGGAAAACUUCUUGGUGGAUGUACACGAGUGCGUGAGCUCUAUGUGGGCGAGCAGGUGAUGUCGGCCUUUGUUGAUCCAGAUGUAUUACGGGUCGUCUUUCUUCAAUGCUCUCGGCUACAAGUACUCGAUUUUUGUGGAUGCUGCGAUGCCAAAUUUGCUGGUGCAAUGACCAAAGUCAUUGAAGAAGAGCCAAAAAAGAGGAUCGAUUCGCUUCAUUCGGCGUCUUUUUAUAUGUGCAUGUCGUUAAAACAAUCCUCGUUCUUUAUACCCUUCUUCAAGAAGACCACAAGACUUGUUCGGCUCGACUUGUCACAUUCACGGAUCACCAGUGAUUUGUUUACCCACAUUGAUCCUACAGCACUCACCCAUCUCAGUUUGCAAGGUUGCCAUGGCAUCACCUGUUGCAAUACUCCCUUGGUUCCUUUCUUGCAUCGUGCCACUGCCCUUGUGGAGCUUAACUUGACAAUGGCUUUUAAUGGUAUGCCAACGUCUCAAUUCUGUUCCUUUUGUCUGGUGCGCAUUCUACAAGCUAUUGGAUCCAACAUGCCGUUCUUACAUACUUUGCAUCUGGGUGGCCAUAUUCAUCUUGACGACGGCGUCCUUUCACAUUUACAAUCAUCCACACUUUAUCGCCUUGCGCGACUCUCGCUUGCAAGCUCGCCAUCCAUCACCCUUUAUGGUUUAUUAACGCAUGUCAUUGACCGUGCACCUAAGCUAUACUACCUGAAUAUUGCAGAUACCCCAUUGGCUCUCGACUUUACAAAGUAUUUAAUGAUGCUUCUAGAGCGAUGCAACAAUAUCCAAGUCAUAGAAGUGGGCAAUGUAACGGACAACUACGUUAGAGGUGAUCAUCCAAAGGAAUGGCAAAGCGUUUGGUCUCUCAUAACCCAUGGGCGACGCACCUACUACAGCCGUGCUCAUGCUACUACUACCACCAACAAAGAUACCUCCUCAUCAUCCGCAUUGAUGGAUCCUCGUUUUGUAUGCUCCAACAAGCUACCAAUGACAAAUUGUAUACCUGAUUCACCCAUGCUCAAGUACUGGUGCUAUUCUUAUUAG